AUGAGCAGUGGAGUAUUGGACCAGAUUCUCCUCGAAGACCUCGCACGAUAUUGCCCGCAGCAGUUUCUUCUGUUCCACCAGUGCAUGUCCAAGCCAGGUGACUGUGAUGUCGAACAGGCCCAGCUUGUUGGGUGCAUCAAGACCAAAGCACCCUCAUUUCAAAAGAUCCAGAGUUUCUGCGCCGGGAAACUACAGGCAUAUGACGCAUGUUUAAGGACAAACGGCAUGAACCCGGACAGGUGUAAAAGCGACUUGGGAGAGUUGAGAGACUGUGCCUUUGGAUGCGUGAAACAGUAG